ACCAGUUCUUGAAGUGGUUCUGAACCAGCGGUAUUCAUUUUAAACGCCACCAGUCAGUUAAAACAUGAAGUUUGAUGAUGCUCUGGGUCUGUUGGGAGGAUUUGGACGAUUUCAGAUAUUGGUAAUGGUAGUCUGGAACAUAUUCUCUUCGGGAAAUGGCUGGCAAUAUACCCUUACUGUUUUUAUCGCAAAUAGAAUGGACCAUUGGUGUAAGGUUCCUGAGUUGCAACAUUUGAAUGAAACCAUGCAGAAGUUAAUUGCUAUUCCUCAGACAAUUGACCCUUUGGGAGAUAUGGUAUACAAACAAUGUAGCAUGUUCAACUUUAACUACAGCGCAAUCAAUUUCACCGAUCCUGUCACGAUCGAAACAUGGUUAGGCAAUGGAACAACUGCUGAAAUCGCUUGUAACCAUGGAUGGGUGUUUGAUAGGUCUGUGCGUGAAUCAUCGGCUGUGAGCGAAUUUGGACUUAUUUGUGGAAAUGACUGGAUGUAUACGCUUCCUGCCACAUUUCAGAUGCUUGGACUUUUAGUCGGAGCGUUCCUCUCUGGGCUUUUCUCAGACAGGUUUGGAAGAAGGCGAACUGCCCUGGGUAUGUUAGUUUGCUCAAUCGGGGCCAUUCUCGGUGGAGCUUUUUCAGAAAAUUUCAUACUAUUCUUAGUGAUGCGUUUCCUUUCUCUUCUGACGACUAUCGGGAGUAAUACCUGUCUAUGGGUCCUCACUAUCGAGUUGAUGCCACCUGUGCACCGGACCCACGCCACAUUCUACGCCUCUUUAUUGCGCAUAUCCAGAGCCCUGUUUACACUCGCAGCGUUCCUAGUAAGAGGUCAUAAAUGGCUCCAAAUUAUAUCAGCAUUGGUAACCAUCCCGGGCCUCAUCGGAGUAUACUUCUUGCCGGAAUCCCCUCGAUGGUUAAUUGCAAGAGGACGAUAUCAAGAAGCUGAGGACAUAUGCAGAAGAAUUGCUAAGAUCAAUAAAGUGGCAUGUCCAAAGGAUUUUACCUUGAAAGACGAGGUCAUGAUAAAACAGGAGAACUCUAAUGAAAAAAAUGAAAAUAAAGUGUCAGUCUUUGACUUAUUUCGUACUCCGAACAUGAGGAAGAGGACCUUAGUGAUUUGGGUCCAAUGGUUUGCUGUUGUGUUUGGUGCAUAUGCAAUGAAACUCAACAUUGGCACGUUGAUACCUGGGGACAUUUAUUUAAACAAUUUCCUUAUCAAUGGAGUCGCUGAUGUUAUAGGUCCGCUACUUAUAUUGAUUGCAUUAUUUAAAAUGGGCAGAAAGACCAUAAUAAUUUCGUUUUUUAUUGCAAACGGCGUUUUGGCCUUUGUAAUGAUUGGCCUGUUGCCGACCAAGAUCAUGGCGUUGACCACGACAGCGGCCCUAUGUGGUUUGUUACUCAUAGGCAUCGUGUUUAGAGUAAUGUAUCUGUACAGUGGAGAAAUAUUCCCUACUCCUGCGAGGAAUGUUGGUCUUGGUAGCGGCUCCAGUUUUGGAAGGGUGGGAGGCCUAAUUAGUCCAAACAUCCCUUUACUUGGACGCAUUUGGUAUGGGUUACCGUAUGUGGUUUUGGGAGUAUUUCCUUUGAUAGCAGCUUCGCUGGCAUUCCUUCUUCCAGAAACGAAAGAUAAGCGGCUGGCGGAGACGUUCAUAGAGGCAGAGCUAUUCGGUACUGGGAAGAUGGAUGACAGACUAGAUCGUGAGCGAGAUGUUGUGAGAAGUGACACGAGCGUUACUGUGCCAUUAAACGAUUUAACGGCUAAGAAAUCAGACGACGGGCGAGAUUUUGAGCAAAAUGGCCAAGACAACAGGGAAAAAUAAGAAAACAAAUCAGCCGAUAACAAUUUGAAAUUCGAAACAGGGUUUUGAUAAUCUUCAUGAACUCACCAUCUCACGGUGGUGUUUAUAUCAUUUCGUGUAAUCGUUUUGUUUACAUAAGAUUGAGUAAAUAGUGCAGAGACGUAUCCAACGAUCAUGGACCUGGUGUCAAAACAUCGAAGUUUGGAUAUUUCAUCAAGGCUAACAUCUACUUUCAUUAGCUUCAAAGAAAACCCCCGAACGUACCUAAUUUCUGCCGAUAUUCACAAUAACUGGCAUCCUAAAUCCGCGGGAAUCUUCUCCCGACAGAAAAAAUGCUCACGUACCUUUUGGUGAUUUCCCGGUGAUAUUAUCAUUAGAUCCAGCCCCGUUUUCACCUAACGUUCUAUCCAACAGAACACCACAAUUAGUCCGCAUUCAUGACAGAUUUAUAGUUCUAUAAAAUAAUUGCUUUACAAGAGAUCAUUUUAAAAAUGGAGGCUCGUGUGAAGGAGAUGUUUGCAGUGUUGUAAUUGUAAUGAAUUGUAUUGAGUUGUAAAGCAGGUGUUCCUUACAGAAGAGUGUUUUCUAAGUCAAGUUUCACUGUAUAAGUAAAUUGCCAAGCUUACUUUUAACGCGAUUGUAAUUUACAAAAGUAGAAAAAAUCCGAACAUUUUGAACUGAUAUAUACAUAUCAAAAAGUGAAGAUGGGUCAAUUUGAUUCUCGUUCUCCGAAGAUAUUAAUAAAAUAGUUAAAUAUUCGGAGUUUUUUUAAUGCUGUAAAUUGUUCACAAUUCUAAAUCAAGAAGUCGCUCGUAUUUCUGUCGUAUUUAGGAAAUCAUGUUGCCGAAAAUCAGUGCACAGUGUUCAUGGUUGUAGGAUAUGUCAAUUAUAGAUCCAAAUGUCUAUUAAUAUCCAAAGUAAUAAAUGAACACAACUUUCAUAUUCUGUAUUCAAUCUAUAUUUCAAAACGAGGCUGAUACUAGUGACACCUAUUGACAGCAAUUAUUGGUUGUGCAAACACAAUGGAACAAUCACUUAAAUCAAUCAAAUAUACACUCCCCUCCAUAAGUUUGGCAACCUUUUUUCUCCAUUGAACUAGGUGUUAAAGCCUCUUUACGUUUGAAUUUUUAUUUACUUAACCGGCGAUGAAAUAACUUAUACUAUUGAUGGAAACGUAACUUUACUUUAUUUCCAAUACUUUCAAAUUUUCUCAAUUUUUCCCUCAAUUACAAUAGGUCGAAAAUUGAUGAUAAAUUUGAUGAAUUUUUGAAAAUCGUCAUUCCCAUGUAAUCCAAUGGGAAAUGGAGGGUUCGGGGCAAAUCAGAAAUCAGGAUAUCUUUUCAGUAAAAGAUUCAGCAAAAAAUAUUUCUAUAUAGAAAAUUGAAUUGUCUAACUUUUUUUAACACUAAGUGUUUAGUUUAUUUGAUGAAUAUUAAAGUUACAGCGCUUCACAGUCAUGAUUGAAAAUAAUUUUUCGCCUCCUGUGUUAUUUCAAUGGGAGAGGUUUUUUAAAAAACAAUUUUGACUUUAAAGCCCUAUAACUUUGUUGAACCUGAAGAAACAUAUCAAAUUUUUGGUUAAAUAAAGUUAGCAAAUUCAAUUGCCUGCCUAACUCGUAUUUUUUGGAAGGACUCGGAUGGAUGGAUAUUCUGUCAUAUGACUUGCGGCAAACCUACCAUUUCCCAUUGGUUAACAUGGGAAUGUCGAUUUUCAAAACUUCCUCAAAUUCCUCAUCAAUUUUCGACCUAUUGUUAUUGAGGGAAAAAAUUGAGAAAAUUUGGAGGUAUUGGAAUUAAAGUCAAAUUACGUUUCCAUCAAUAGUAUAAGUAUUUAAAUCGCAGGUUAAGUAAAUAAAAAUUCAAAGGUAAAGAGGCUUUAACACGUAGUUCAAUGGUGGAAAAAAGGUUGCCAAACUUAUGGAAGGGAGUGUACAACAAUGCUCCCCUUAUAAUUUAAAAGUGGGUCUGCAUCUCUUAAAAAAUUGUACAUGUAUUGCAUUGCAAAAUAA